GCUGAGCUGGGAUGUGCUGGGCUGGGCUGGACUGAACUGAGCUGGGAUGUGCUGGGCUGAACUGGGAUUAGCUGAGCUAGGCUGAGCUGGGCUGUGCUGGGCUGAGCUGGGAUGUGCUGGGCUGAGCUGGGAUGUGCUGGGAUGUGCUGGGCUGAGCUGGGAUGUGCUGGGAUGUGCUGGGCUGAGCUGGGAUGUGCUGGGCUGAGCUAGGCUGAGCUGGGCUGUGCUGGGCUGAACUGGGAUGUGCUGGGAUGUGCUGGGCUGAGCUGAACUGGGCUGUGCUGGGCUGUGCUGGGCUGAGCUGGGAUGUGCUGGGCUGAGCUGGGAUGUGCUGGGCUGAGCUAGGUUGAGCUGGGCUGUGCUGGGCUGAGCUGGGCUGAGCUGGGCUGUGCUGGGCUGAGCUGGGAUGUGCUGGGAUGUGCUGGGCUGAGCUGGGAUGUGCUGGGCUGAGCUGGGAUGUGCUGGGAUGUGCUGGGCUGAGCUGAACUGGGCUGAGCUGGGCUGUGCUGGGCUGAGCUGGGCUGUGCUGGGCUGAGCUGGGAUGUGCUGGGCUGAGCUAGGUUGAGCUGGGCUGUGCUGGGCUGAGCUGGGAUGUGCUGGGAUGUGCUGGGCUGAGCUGGGAUGUGCUGGGCUGGGCUGGGCUGUGCUGGGCUGGGCUGGGCUGUGCUGGGCUGAGCUGGGCUGUGCUGGGCUGAGCUGAACUGGGCUGUGCUGGGAUGUGCUGGGCUGAGCUGGGAUGUGCUGGGAUGUGCUGGGCUGAGCUGGGCUGUGCUGGGCUGAGCUGGGAUGUGCUGGGCUGGGCUGGAGGCUGGGGGGCAGCCGAGGCUCCCCAGCGGGAUCGGGGCCGCCGGAGCCCCCCCGGUUCCCAUGCCCCCUCUGUGUCUGCACAGGGGCAGUGAGAGCCCCGAGAGCCCCCUCGGCCGCCCGGGAGAGGCUCCGGGCCCCAGGCAGGGCGCGGGGCCAGGCUGGGCUCGCUCCCCCCGCCCGGGCCGGAUGACAGAUGCCUGCAGUGGAGGAGAACGUGCUGCAGCUCCCACUUCCAGCCUGGAUGCCUCCGACCCGGAGCUGCACUAUGAGGAGGAGGAGGAGGAGGAGGAGGAGGCGUCAGGAUCCUCGGAGCCCUCGGACACCAGCAGCAUCUUCUCCGAUGACUCUGUCUACCCCUGCUACGAGGUGUCCCCCGAGGCUGGCGGUGCUGGGCUCCUCAGUCUCUACCAGUGCUGUGCCAGGAACGAUGCCAAGCUGGUGUGGGAGAGGCUGGAGCGUGGGGUGACCCGGAGCGAGGCCACAGAGCUGGACAUCAACGGGAGGAACGGGCUGAUGGUCGCCUGCUCCAAGGGCUUUGUGGACCUCGUGCCGCUGCUGCAGAAGUGUCCCUACAUCAACAUCAACCAGCAGGACAACGAUGGCAACACGGCCCUCAUGAUGGCUGCCCAGGCAGGACACAUCACCAUUGUCAACUACCUCCUCAACUACUACCCCGCCCUCGAGGUGGACCAGCGGGACCCGCGGGGGCUGACGGCGCUGAUGAAGGCGGCGGUGCAGGGGCGGCAGGACUGCGUCACCGCCCUGCUCCUGGCAGGAGCUGACCUGCAGGCAGUGGAUGCCGUGAAGGGGAAGACAGCCAGGGAAUGGGCGACUUUCACCAGCCGCUUCGAGACCACCGUGCGCAUCCGGAGCCUCCUGCGGCGCCCGCGCGCCGAGCAGUUUGCAGCCCAGUACCGGCCCGAGUGGCCGGCCCUGGCCGGGCUGGUGGCCAAAGCCCUGAGCCCCAAAUCCAGGAGCAAGAGGCUCUCGGAGAAGAUCCGAUCCUUUUUCACCUUCAACAUCCCCCGCGACCCCGAGGAGGAGGGCGUGAUGGACCACAUGGUGAGGAUGACCACGUCCCUCGCCAGCCCUUUCGUGGCCACCGCUUGCCAAACCGUCUGCCCCGACAGCCCGCCCGAGGUGGGCAAGCGCAGGCUGUCGGUGCCGGAGAUCCUCGGGCAGCACGUGCCGCACCCCGAGGAGGAAUCGGAGCCGAACUCGCGGCCCAGCACGGGGGGAUCCUCCUGCAACGGCCGGGCCGUGGCCGAGCCCCCCGAGCUGCGGCCGCCGGCGCCGCGGCCCCGCCGCCUGCUGAGCUUCCUGCCGCUGUGGCUGCGGCGCGGGAACAGCGUCUUCCCGGGGGAGCCCGUCCCCAAAAUCAAAGUGAGCAAAGCCUCCGGCUCGUCCGCCGGCGAGAGGAAGCCCCGUGUGAAGGACAAGCACCUGCUGCAGCCGCCCCAGUGGAGGUACAAGGUGCUGAAGGAGGAGAGGAAAGCGGCCGAGGAGGCCAAGACGGGGGAGAAGAAGAAGAAAAAGAAAAAGAAAGGCUAAGGCGGGAGGGGUCGGGGUGGGGACAAGGUUCUUGCUGUCCCCUUGGAUCUGCUGACUUCUCUGGCACAGGGGUGGUUUUGUUCCCGGUGGAUGGGAAUGAAAUAUCCCCGAGGGUUCACGGGCCCCUGCCUGGCCUCUCGUCCUCUCCACCCCAAGGGUGGCCACCAAGCAUGGGACAUGUCGUGCUGGACACCGAUGUCCUGAGACCCUGGACGCAGCUCCAGGAAUGCCAGGGAGCAGGACUGUGGCACAAGUCCUUCCUAUUUUUCCCUUUUUUUUUUUCCCCUUUUAUUU